AUGAGUUCACCAAGUAAAGAAACCGAAGAACCGACAUCAACUAGCUCGCCGGAAAAAAAUGCAGCUAGUGGAAGCGGUGAUCCGGGUGCGUCGGCGGCGCAGGAACGACCGCCCGCCAAGCGCCGUCUUUCUAGCACUGUUAUUGAAAUUUCAGACACCGAAAGCGACGAUUCAGAUGUUUGUGCAGUAAACUCAUACCAGGCCUCUGCUGAUGAGGUGAAGAGAAUUCGCGGUACAGAAUACUCUUCAUCUUCAUCAUCGUCAGAUUAUAGUUCUGAUUCAGAGUCACCAUGGGAAGAUGACUCUAUAUUGGUAGAAGACAAGGUUCAUAGUAAAUUGGUGAAGUCUCAACUCAACCCUAGGGCACAUAGAAUGGAUGAUCCUAAGUUUAAUCCAUUAUUAAAGUCACAAGAAAUAAAAACCAAAUUGACUAACCAUUGGUCUGAAGCAAAAGAUUAUUCAAGCGAUGAAGUGACUCUAACCUGUGAACCAUUCCGUCUCUGCUUGCUCCAUGAUUUGCUUGAAAAUCCUGAGAUCAUUAACAAUAUUGUUGAUGACAUGAACACACUGGACUGGUCUCGUAAGAAAAUGGAUCUUUACGAGUUCCAUCAAACCACUGACCUGGCAAAUCUAACUUGGCAACGGAGUAUUAGAGGAAUUUAUGAGUUAUUAAAGACUGAAGUUAUGAGUUGGGUGUCGGAGGUGACUGGUCUGCGUUUGACGUCGGUCUCCGCAUCGUGCUCGCUGUACGGUCCAGGCGACCACCUGCUAGUACACGACGAUAUGUUGGCCGACCGCCGUAUCGCCUUUAUUCUGUACCUGGCCCCCACCGAGUCGAAGCGUGGGUGGUGCGGUUGGGAAGAACGGCUGGGGGGCGCCCUGGAGCUGCUGGGGCGCGACGAGCAGGGCCGCGCGGCCGCCGUGCAGCACCGCGUCUACCCGCGCAACAACAUGCUCGCCUUCUUCAGGGUCGGACAUGACUCCUUCCACCAGGUCAGCGAGGUGGUGUCGCUGGAGCUGCCACGUUUGUCCAUCAACGGCUGGUUCCACGGCCCCGAGCCGCCCGACCCGCCAGCCCUGGCGCCGCCCCCGCCCGCCCUGCUCGCCCCGCCCGCACCCACACUGCGUCCGCAUUCUGACGUCGUGUUACUGAACCAGUGGGUGGACGCGCCGUACAUGUCGCCGCGGAUCCGCGCGCAAGUGCAGUCGCAGAUGGAGCGUGCGAGCGAGGUGUGCCUGCGCGACGUGCUGCUGCCGCAGCGCUACCAGCAGCUGCUGCACGCGCUGGCCCGCCCCGAGGUGGAGUGGGAGGACGUGGGGCCCGCGCAGCAGCGUCAUUACCGUCGAGUUUCUCAGCAGUGGGCAGAAUCCGAAGGUGGUGUGAUACACGAGCUACUGCACCUUAUGAGCAGUACAACAUUUCUUCGAAUGCUAGCAGACUGCACCGACUUACAACUCACCAAGUAUAGUCGACUGGAGCUGCAGCAAUGGCGGCCGGGAGAUUACACUCUGCUGCCCGCGUCGCGCGAGGCGUACAGCAGCGCGCGGCUGGAGGCCGUGCUGUACGCGGGCGCGUCGCGGCCGCUGUGCGGCGGACACACGAGCUACGUGGCGCCGGAGGACGAGGCGGAGGGCGGGGAGGGCGGGGAGGGCGGGGAGGGCGCCCUGGUGACGGUGCCGCCGCAGAACAACGCGCUGAGCCUGGUGUACUGCGACGCGGGCGCCGCCGCCUUCACCAAGUACUACGCGCGCCUCGCCGCGCGCCCGCAGGACCGCUUCUACAUCCUCGCCUGCACCUACACCGAGUGA